CUUCCCGGCUUCUUUUGAAUGCCGGCUGUUCGUCAGUGGGCUGCAGUUUCGGUGGGGUGAGUCGCCCGUCGCCUCUUUUCGGAAUCUGUUUGGCUAGCCAUCUGCUGGCAAUGGAAACUGAAAACCUCAUGAUCCUUUAUGAGGAUAGCUCUGUAGAAGUGCUCUAUAUGGACGGAUCUGGAUUGCUCCUUUCUCCAUGUGGCUCUGAGUUUUUAUUUGAGAAGGGCAUCCCUCCUUCCGCCCAUCCAUUGCAGCCAGCCGAGAAGCUUCGCCAGAGGACACAGUUUGCUGUUAGCUGCUACCGGAAAAAGCUUCUACAAGCAAUAGACUUCAGGAAUCAAUAUUCUGAUCGUCCUUAUUUACCUUCAAGUAUUAUACCUCCUGAAAGGAAAAAUAUUGUUUUCACAGAUGUUUGUGAAGCCAAGUGGCCUCAACCUGAUGCCUCUAGUGAGCUGAUAUGUAGAUUCAGUGGUGGCGUGAAAGUUUCUUCUUCCGAUGGUCAUGCCUGUCUCUUCCUGUCAGAGCUCCAGCAAGAAUUUACAGUGGAAUUCCUAUGCAGAGUUAGCCAGAAGUUACGGACACCAUUGCCACUUUUGGAGAACAGCUGUAAAAAAUCAGCAAAGGAGUGGCUUGCAAGAUCCAGCCCAGAUCCUGCCUCACCACAAUCGCAAACAGAAGAGAAAGCCCAUGAACGCUGCAGGAAUGCAGAAAAUUGUACACGAGUAAACAAACCUGAAUGUUGCUCAAGUCCCACCUGUGAAAAAGAUGAUGAGAACUCCGGUCCUUUCCAGCCCUGCUUGUAUGAACAUUGUAGGGUUACUCAGCAUUUGUCUGUGUCCUCCUGCCCUGAAGAAUGGAAAUAUCCUUUGUCAUUGGCCUUUAUGUUUUAUCAGACACAUGCUAGUAAUGCAGCUGAGUCUGACGAGGGAAAAGGAGACAGUAGAGUUCCAGCGCUUGAAGGUUUCCUGAAAUGUGAAAACUCUCGGACUGUCAGUUGCCUGCCUUUGGCAUUGCCGCUGAGCUGUGAAGCACCAUAUUUUCACAGCUGGAAUUUCAGUAACCUAUUCUCUUGGAGAAAGGAGGAUAUUGGACAUUAUUCACAGUCCCAACCAGUAAAAGUUGUUUGGCACAAGGGUGUCCUUUACAAGUUCCCCCUUGGUUCUAAAAGUAUAGAAAUUUACCCUAGGGAUGGAUCUGUUUUCAAAUCCGAAGGUUCCUUUUUGGGAAAAUACUUCACUCGUUAUUCUGUUCAGGAUCAAACAAAAUUGACAGAAGAAACGGUGUAUUCUGCAAGCAGUUUGCCACCCAACGUGCCAGGGAGUCUCUACUCUGUGUGCGAAAUUAUUACUCAAGCCAUAAGAGUUCUUCAACACAAUCGUGAGACCCUGCUUUCAUUAAUCCCCAGUGACACCUUCUGCUGUUGGAAGAUGUCCACGGAGGCAGGUGGAAGAGAAAUGCUACCAGUCCUGCUGGCUGAAGAGGUUAUUCCUAAUGUUGGAGAACUCCUUGCAUGUUCAGACAAUAAAGUCCGUGCCGUUUUUUGUGAUGGAACAGUCCUGAACACUGUAUGGGAUUUCAGUUCUUCCUAUGGAAAAGGCCAGGAACAUCAAAAUUUUAACUCAGGUUGGUUUAAACUGAUCUCUCCUGAAGGGGCACACCAGCUUCUCCACAUAGAUCAUCCUGGGCUCUACGAAAGGUACAUCAGAACAGUGGUGGAAUGGUGCACAAGCUUGAACAAAGAGAGAGCAGUCUGUACAGCUACUCUGCAGCCUCCUUCUGAAGAGCAAUGGUCAGUUGCUGCUGAGCUUGAAAAAAUAAAAAGAUUCAACUUUUUGGUGGAGAACAGCAAUAUUCCAAGUAAGGUUUCAACGGUGAAAAAAAAUGCGUCCUCCUGCACAGAUAAGCAAAACAGUCCAGAAGAUAUCUUGUUACCUGAGAUUGAUGGGAAGAACAUAGCUGAGACUUUAGAAAGAACUUCUAAAGUGAUCAGUGAUAUUGACUGUCUUCUAGCUUCCUCUGCCAAGCAAAGUAUGGUAAAGCAUAAAGAGUUGCUGUUCUGAGUUACUGGCUUUGAAGGCAGAAUUCUCACAAACAUACUGAAAUUCUACUGGCAGUUCCUGAAGCACAACGUGAGACGGAGGACUCUGCAGCUGGGAAGGACACAUGAGAAGUGGCCUCCGAGAGGAGAAGAAAAUGGGGAAGGAAGACCAAAAGCUGGGGAAUUUAAACUUCCUCUUCCCCCUCGAGUCCUGGUAGAUCCCGUUCUUGUAGUUUAUGUACGAGUCAGAACAUAGCAGAUCAUUCCUGUUUUAAUGUUGAUUCAUUGAAAAGUCCCUGUAUUGAAUUAAAACUGAGGGAUUUAAUCCUAGUUUCCUUUAUUAACGAAAAUAGCACCUGAUUUUGAAUUUCCAGCUAUGUUAUUGAAUAUUUACCAUUUUGGCAGAUCUAUGAAACUGAAACCUCACACAGCUAUGUGCAAUUUUUUACUGUUUGCAAAGGCAGCAUGAGCAAUUAAUACUUCUUUCAUUUCUAUACACAGCUAUGGAAUAAUUACUAUAUAGGAGUCAGAUUUUUCCUUAUUCCUCUGUCUAUAAAGUUUUGUGGAAAGAAUGUUGACAAUAAAACCUUGCAAAAUUA